AUGGGUCCUGGAGCAAAGGAAGAAGCUAUUAGACUAGAGAAACAAAAGGCUGAAGAUGACAGGAUAGCGAGAGAGAAAGCCAGGCUUGAAGCUGAAAGAAAGAAGAAACAAGAAGAAGCAGCCAUAUACGCAACUUUAAAACAAGCCAAAUUAGAAGCACAGAUGGAAAAAGAAAGAAAAGAAAAGGAAAGGCAAAUGGCAGAAUUACUUGAACAAGAAAAAAAGAGAAAAAUCCAAAUGGAGAAGGAGGAAAAGGAAAGUAAAUCCAGGGAAGAAGAUCUCCGGAAGAAAUGGCAACUCAGAGCACAGGAAAUUUAUCAGAGAGGAAAACAAAAAAGAGAAAGAAAUAACAAGGAUGCUGAAACAGAAAGUAAACAGACUGAUGAAUUUUGGAAAGAACAACAAGAGAAGUCUAAAAUUGCAGAUAGGCAUAGAAGUGAACGUGCAAAACAAGCCAGGAGGAGUUUGCGAAUGUCUGUUGACUAUUCAACUUUAGGCAUGCCUGGUGUUGUGGAACAAGCUAUGCAACAAAACUUACACAAACCAAAACCAGCAUUGCCACCAAGACCUCAGAAAACCCGUCCAGAUCGCCCUCGCAAUAGACGUGAUAUUACUGAAUGGUUUCUUGAAGUGGAAAAACCCAAAAUGACUGGAAUUGACCCAAAAACCAACAGACCAGCAAAAUGGUUUCACGUGGCAUCUGGCUCUCUUGGCAGGGGCCAGGAUCAGGUGGUGGAUCAUCCCCUUUCUCGGGCGGUUGUGCCCCCACCCUCAGGUCACAAGGAUGCAAGUUUGAUGCUUCUGUCUGCGACAAGGGAACAGGCAAGUGUUUGGCAGGGGGCAGAGUCUGAACAUUUGAAUCGUUUCUGGGCAUGGAGUUAG